AUGGAUGGCUUGAAUAAUUAUUUGCAACAGGUUGAACGCAGUAUUGAAAAGAAGAACAGCAAGAAAUUACGUCGACUACUAUCAGUACUUGAACAACAAGACAAAUCGCAAGCUCGUGCCGAAUUCCCUGACCCAACUGAAUUUGAUUUAUACAAGCUAAAUAAAUUUGGACCGGUUGUAUCAUGUUAUAUACGUACUGCCAAGAGCAUGUGUAUUGAACAAUCGAGUAUUACUUGUUUUGAAAAUUCCAAUCAACUAUGUGCCAAUUUAAUUCGAGCUAGUGAACAAUUAGAAGGGAAUUGGAUCAUGCCGGUGAUUAUUUCAUGUUUUGGUGAGUUGAUGAUGUUUUACAUCGUUACUGAACGGUAUCAUCAUGAAGAUUUGAAUCAAAUAUUGCUUGAGAGUAGUAAUGCAUUUGACGAAGGUGCGUUUGUACCACAAAAGACAUCAAGGCUAGAGAAAUUAAUAAACACAUUCAAAAUGGGGUUCAACUUAAGUAAUAAUGACAAGACGAUGGAUGUUAGAUUGAGCAAACGCAAUGACUUGUACUUCUUUUUGGCCAAUUUGAUUAAAUUAUAUUUCAAAAUGGGUAAACUUGCCCUCGCCAAAAGUGCGAUAAAUUCACUGAAGAGUGGGAAUAAAUUGUUGCCCAACAUGAUGGCUAAUACACGUACUUGUCAAAAUGCCAUAACUUAUCUGUAUUAUCAAGCAUUGGUGUCGUUAGAUGAUGGCAAAUUUUUGGAAAGUGAAGAAGCAUUAAAUAAAGCCAUGAGUUUGAUUGCCAAUUACAAGGAGAAAAAAUCCAAUCAAUUGCGACGAAUAUUGUUAAUUUUAAUCCCAUUGAAACUUUACAACCAGGGUAAAAUACCUCAUGAAUCAGUAUGGCAAAGAUUCCCUGAUUUGAAAACCAUGUAUCAUGAUAAUUUCUUGGAUGCAAUAUGCACGGGGAAUUUGUACAAGUAUGAACAGUGUAUGAACCGAUAUCAACUUGUUUUGUUGAAAAACCACUUAUAUAUAUUGAUGGAGUUGUUGCGACAAUUUGUUCAGUUGAUGGUGAUGCAUAAGACAUACAAGAUUACUCUGGAGUUACAAAAUGACGAAAAGACAACUCCAAUCAGUGCGUUUAAAUUAGGGUUGGAGUUGUCUAUGCACUACAAUGAGAGAGGAGAGGAGUCGGAGGAAAAGGAUGCGCCCACUCAUCAAGUAUCUGAUUUAGAAGUUGAGACUAUUGUGGCUAAUCUAAUUACUCAAGGGUAUAUUCGUGGAUACGUGAGUAAUACCAAUAGAGUGGUUGUAUUCUCUAAAUCAUGUCCAUUUCCUAAAAUAACUGAGGUCAAAGUCGAGGGAAAGGAUUAG